UGCCCGUUGCUUGAACACUAUAAACCCAUGCUUAGACUAAAGUAACACAACUUGAAGCUUUUGUUACCAUACCUCAAACACAUGUACCCAUACCUUAAACAAAAGCGCUGCUUUGCACUCUAGUUGCAAUUAUGCAACACACUUACUCCUUUAUGCAACACACAUGGUCCUGCAUACUACACUCUAUUUCAUACAUAAGACACUUCGUUCAAAAAUGAAAUUUCAGGGUGCCAUUUGGAAAACACAUGUAUCCAAAAUACAAAACACAUCGGGUAAUUGCAACCACUCAAAUACACACCUGAAGGCACUUACUUGCAAAACUGAACACCAAUUAGCCAACUACAAAAAGCCCUCAGUUUAGCCAUUUCAAGAACUUUGCAAGCGAGGAGGAGGAGGAGGUCGAAGAGGCCAUGCACGGACCCAUAUUUCUGAUGAUAUAAGAGCAACUUUGGUGGACCAUGUCAUCAACCAUGGCCUGACCAUGAGGGAAGCUGGGCAGAGAGUCCACCCACAUCUAAGCCGCUUCACAGUGGGAUCUGUAAUAAGAACAUUCUGACUAGAAAACAGGUAUGUCGUCACCUCUCUACCUUCUACUCAGAUGGUUCUUAUAGCACUGUUCUACAGUAUAUCACAUGACCAUAUCAAGUGUACAGGAUAUUGCAGGGUGCUAAUGCUCCUUCUGCAGCCAAAGUGGUAGUUUUUGUGAAACAUACCAUGAUUACUUAUAUUGAAGUACAGUGUUGUACAGUGGAUGAUACAGUAUAUACAGUAAAGUACUGUAAGAAAAAUAAGCAAACCGAUGACAAUAUGUGGUUGUACGUCUCUAGAAUGACUCGAAGACCUUCUGGGGGAGGACGCCAACGCCUGUUCACACAACAGCAGGAACUUGCCGUUCUGGACCUAGUGAGGGCAGACUAUGCCAUCCGUCUCCACCAGCUACGAAAGACAAUACUUGCAGACAGGCAAGUGUUCAACAACAUAAACCAUGUGAGCAUCACCACCAUCAGACGCAUCUUGGGAAAACACAGCAUCACCAUGAAGCAGCUCUACAGAGUCCCAUUUGAGAGGAACAGUGACAGGGUCAAAGGACGUCGAGCUGAAUAUGUACGGAGAAUCUUGGCCAUGGAUGGAGCUGCACAGCCUCAUGAAUUCAUUUUCAUUGAUGAAGCUGGAUUCGACCUGUGCAAAACAAGACGACGGGGUCGUAAUGUAAUUGGCCAAAGGGCAAUUGUGCACGUCCCAGGGCAGCACGGGGGAAAUAUCACAUUGUGUGCUGCCAUAAGCCUUCGAGGGCUUCUGCAUCAUCAUGCAAAACUAGGUCCAUACAAUAGCCAACAUAUACUCACAUUUCUAGAUGCUCUCCAUAAUAUAGUUGUACAGAACAGACCAGAUCAGCCCAGGUUUGUGGUGAUAUGGGAUAAUGUCAGUUUCCAUCGGGCUGCUCUGGUCCAGGCCUGGUACUCCAACCACAAUCAACUUGAAGUGGUAUACUUGCCCUCUUACUCACCAUUUUUAAACCCUAUAGAGGAAUUUUUUUUCGGCUUGGAGAUGGCGUGUAUAUGACCGCCAACCACAUGCCCGCAUGCCUCUUCUGCAGGCAAUGGAACAGGCCUGCGGCGACAUUCAGGUGACAGCAAUCCAUGGAUGGUUUCGACAUGCAAGGGGAUAUUUUCCCCGGUGCCUAGCGGGAGAAGACAUUGCUUGCGAUGUCGAUGAGGUCCUGUGGCCAGACCCCAACAGACGGCGGGAUCCAUGAGCCCACGU